CCGGGGCCUGGCCCAGCAUCGUCAGCAUCCAGGCCACCUGGGAGAACGGCACGUGGCACAUGUGCACGGGUGUCCUCCUCAGCUCCCAGUGGGUGCUCACGGUCGCACACUGCUUCGCCAGGGCCGGGGGCAUCUCCAUGUGGGAUGUGGUGAUUGGGGCCAUAGAUCUGAGACAGCCAGGCCCUGAGGCUGUGGUGAGACGCAUCCAGAGGCUUCUGGUGCACCAGCACUACGUGGCUGCCACGGCCAGGAACGACAUUGCCCUGGUGGAGCUGGACCAGCCCGUGGAGUGCAGCGACUACAUCCAGCUGGGCUGUGUGCCCGACGCCUCGCUCAGGGUCUCGGAGCUGAAAUCCUGCUACAUCGCCGGCUGGAACUUUGCCAGAGCACAGGGACCAGGCAUGGUGCUGCAGGAGGCCAAGGUCCACCUCAUGGACACAGAGCUCUGCAACAGCAGCCGGUGGUACGCGGGGGCCAUCCACCCCCGCAACCUGUGUGCUGGGUACCCACAGGGCGGCAUUGACACCUGCCAGGGGGACAGCGGGGGUCCCCUCGUCUGCAAGGACAAUGAAGCUGACUACUACUGGCUGGUGGGAUUGAACAGCUGGGGAAGAGGCUGUGACAGAGCCAGGCACCCCGGAAUCUACACCUCCACUCAGCACUUCUACAACUGGAUCCUGCUCCAGACGGGACUGAGCCCUGCAGAAAGAGCUGGUCCGGCACCGGAGCCAGCUGUCACCUCGGCCCCUGACCAGAAACCAGCAGUGACAUCCUCGGGCACGUCACUGCCCAUGGCAUUCCCACACCAGAUCCUCGUGCAAUUCUGGAAUCUGGUGCAGGAGUUCCUGCAGUUUUAGAAGGACAAAAAAGCCUGAGCAGCAGCAGGAUGAGCAGGAUCCAGGGCUACAGUGGAUCACGGCAGCUCCAAGGCAGCCUUGGGGCCAGAGGUUUCUCUGUCCUGCCCACGCUGCUGCGCUGCAGCCACAGCGAU